GCCGACACGUUCAUCCUGCACAACUAAUUGAUAAUCUCGAUCAAGGCUUGUCAAGGGGUCUUGAAAGCGAAUAUUGGUGCGAUUUUGAGCAUAGUUGAACAACCACAUUAAAAUUUCAUGAAGACGUGUAUUUUCGCGACGCCUUUCAUGCUCCAUACCAGCUGUACACUUGUCGCAACAAUAUCAAGCAAUUAGAGGUUCAUGGCUGUUCAAUUCCUCCCAUAAAGCCAUGAGUUUACCAAAAUAAGAAGCCACAUACAUAUCCCGGCUUCGACAGCUCGCAUUUUAGAAUUGUUGAUUUUACGUAUUGAAUUCGUGGGCCAUUGACGAUUGCAAAACACAUCUUGAGAGUCUCCCACAAGCGUGUUGCAUCCUUGUAUUUCGACAAAGUGCUAUUGACCUCGGGAUCAAUUGUAUGUAUUCCUUAGCCAUGAAAUCAACAUAGCAUGUAUAGUGGUCCAAUCCGUCUAAGUGCACGGAGAAGAAGGAGAAUUUAUUGUUCCGUAAAAAAAAAAAAACGAAUUUGCGACGUGCCUCGAACGCGGUUUGAAUCUCAUCGGCCCACUCAUUGUACUUUUCACCACGAAGGCGGGUCAGAGUAAUGAAUUCUCCAGGACGGUCGUUAGGACCAAGGUUAUACAAAGAAGGUGAUAUCUAUGCGUGGUGGAGGAGGCGGCAACAUAUCAUCACUAGCCAUAGUGGUUUUUUUUUUUGAUGAACGACUGAUACCAUAUCAAAUUAAUUAAGGCUCAAAGCUUAACCCUCUUCUUAUCUAACCCUUAAAUCUGCCUAAAAUAAACCCAAGCUUGUUAUACACUUAUACCUAGUUGCAACCUAAUAAAAAUUCUUAUAAUUAUAAAAAAAUAUUUAUUUUUAUUUUUAAAAUUUUGAUAAUUUAAAGGGGGAAAAAAAAAAAAAACCCUCCCUUUCCCUGUUUCCCAUCACUGCCCGCCACCCCCUCCUUUGCCAGCGGCCAACCCAGUCCCUUGCGACCUAUCUGUUUAAGCUGGUUGAAAUUGAAUACCCAAAACAGCAUAAAGAAACAUAGAUAUGAAUUUGUCAACAAGAAUCACAGAGAAAUUGCCCUUUCUUGAAGUUCUAGGCAGCCCCGUGUUCUCUUCUAGAGGAGUGUCCAGACCAGGGUGUGUGCAUUUGAAGCAGCCUAGUCUUCGGACCUUUUCUGGGGUUCGGGCGAAAACGGUUGCUAGUUUUGAUAGUUGUGAUGGUGCUUUAAAGGAUGGGACAGGGGUUGUUCUUCCUGCAACUAAAGAGUUUGCAGUGCAAGCAAUUCAAUCAAUAAAAUCAGGAAAAGUUAUUGCUGUGCCAACUGAUACAUUGUAUGGCUUUGCUUGUGAUGCUUGCUCUAGAGAAGCUGUCAACAAGAUUUAUGAGAUCAAAGGCCGCAAGCUUACCAGUCCUCUUGCAAUAUGUGUUGGGGAUGUGUCAGAAAUUAAUCGUUUUGCAUUUACAAAUCAUUUGCCUGAUACUUUGCUUGACGCGCUCCUUCCUGGUCCUGUGACUUUAGUUUUGAGGCGAGGAGAGGCAAGUAUUCUAGAGAAGUCAUUGAAUCCAGGGAUAGAUAGUAUUGGUGUCCGAGUGCCUGAUAGUGAUUUUAUAAGGAUCAUUGCUCGGGGUUCUGGAAGUGCAUUGGCUCUUACUAGUGCAAAUUUGACUGGACAUCGUAGCAGUGUCUGCAUCAAAGAUUUCGAGAGUUUGUGGGGACACUGUGCCUAUGUGUAUGAUGGUGGUGAGCUUCCCAUGGGCCGUGCAGGAUCUACAAUAGUGGAUUUGACAAAUCCUGGAAAAUAUAAGAUAAAAGACCUGGCAGUGCAAGAGAAGAAACUAUUGAAAUCCUGAAAAAUCAUUUUCUUGUAGAAGAGAAGACUGAUAAUUUAUGAUGAAUCAACUGAAUAAGCAGCUAUUUAAUUACAAAUAUGUAGAUUGCACGGAGGCAUGGAGCAGCAUGAGCUAAUUGUUGGAUUUGAUAGGCCUUCUAAUGCUCUGGAUUGUGUGCAACCUCUGAAGGCGUCUAACUUUGCAUGUUAAAAUUUUGUUUAUAUUCGCAGAUUGUAAUGCUUUGGUAGUUUGGUGUAAUUUAAUCAUAUAGCGUUCAGACUAGGACUAGCUAGAAAUGGAUAGCAGUUAAGUGAACAAGAUGAGUUCCUCUAAGAUUAGACUAAAUCAAUUUCUAUAUUUCUACUGCCAAAAAGUGUUAUGCAUGAGAUCCUAAGGGUUGUAUGAGAUUAAUUAUAUAUAUAAAUAUGAUGGCUACUUGUUCUAUACAUUAUUGCUAAUUUCUGUGCGAAAUCAUUGAGGUCUCAUUCUCAUGUAGAGGUUGAGGACCUGCGAUAG